AAUCAAACAAGAUCACACAUGACUAUAUUUAGACUUACACAUUGAGAGAAUUUGAUGAGUCAAAGUGCUUAGAUGAACAGUUUCAAAAAUUAAAAGUGGACGAAUAUAGCGAAACGGAGGUGGUACGAAUUAUAUGGUGGUAGUAUAUUAAUUAGAUUAAAAUGUUUUCGGUGGGAUUAUUUUUGUGCAGCGAUUUUUAGGUCAUUGUUGUACGAGGCUUGCGGGCGGGUCAUCAACCCGAUAUACGGGUCGGUCGGGUUGAUGUGGGGCGGCAAUUGGGAUCGGUGCCAAGAAGCGGUGGAAGCGGUUCUCAACGGUACGGAGAUCAGGCAACUCACCGCGGAAGACGGCGGCGCCGCCGAGUCACACGCCGUCACGCCCUUCAAGGUGUGCGACAUACGCCACAUCUCCAAGGAGCCGCCCGCCGCGGUCCACCGGGCGAGGUCCAGGAACCGGUUCAAGCGGACCGGACCGGUUCAGAACAGAUCGGUCGACGCGAUGGCGACGGAGGAGCCGGCGAGGUUCAGCCUCUCCGGGUGGGGGUUCGACGGGUCGGAGGGAAGCGUCGGGUUGGAGCGGGCCCCGAGUAACGGGUCGACCAUGCUGGAAACGGUCGAGCAGUACUAUGCGAACCGGGACGAACCGGGUGGCGGUUCGGGGAACGAGGCCGGAAACGAGCUGCUCCUGGACCUCACUCUCGGGGUUUGAUUCCGUGGAGCGCAUCCCCACCGCUCCACGGUGGACGAGCAUAAAAGUAGGUGACGUGUGAGGAAGGAAAAGAAAGAGUCCGUUACGUC